UUCUCGACAGUCGCCGCUCCACGCACGCAGCACGCACGCAGCAAGCACGCAGCAAGCACGCAGUACGCAGCACGCACGCACGCACGCUUUGUCUCGUAGAGCGAGACGUCAACAUCGUAUCUGGGAGCUCCAGAAAAAAUACCUCGCGGCGGUCAUGAUCGGACGGGCGCAGUUAUUGGCGGGAAUCGGUCGCUGGGCGCGACCCCCCUCGUGGUCUCCGGGCGCCUCAGCGCGCUGGGCGAGCGCCGGGGAGGCGGCCGGAGGCGCUGCCGAGGGCACCGCCAAAGCUGCUGCCGCUGCCGCCGCCGGGGCAGAUUCUCCCGGGGGGGAACAGGCGGCGCCCGUCGCCUUCAAGCCGUUUCGCCUGGAGGGUAAACCCGGCAAGAGGCACUUGUGGUGCGCUUGUGGCUUCAGUGGCAACCAGCCGUUCUGCGAUGGCUCUCACUUCAAGGCCCGAUGGAAGGGGGAAUCCAAGAAGUGGCCCGUGCUCUUCAAGGUUCCAGAGAGUGGCAUCGCGUGGCUCUGUCUGUGCAAGCAGACAGGCAAGCCACCCUUCUGUGAUGGUUCGCACAAAAAGAUCGGCACGGCGCCAUCCGAGAGUCCUCCCUUGCAAUGAGACAGGCUUCUGGGUGGCGCAUGCUGCUCCUGUCAGCUGCACAGGGGGCACAAGAGCCUCGCCGACAACAGGGCCCUCAAGUGCCACCUGGUGGUUAUGCCAUUGUCCAUCACCUGCUGUGACACUGACACGGCCCAAACAACACCCAGUGGUGGAUCCUCAUUUAGAGCCAGUGGGGGCUGGGGCUCGCUACUGAAAAAGCAGCGUAAUACCUCGAUGAUACUUUCCUGCUCAGAUUAUAAACUGCAUACACCCCCCUUCCCCAGGCUUCCAUGACUCAAUGUCCACCAGCUGCCACUUCUGACACAAAAUCGUUAUGUUAAUGCAAAUGUAAAAAAAAAACUCACCAAACUCACCUCAAAAUUAAAACCUCAGUCUAGUCAAAUGUGCUCACUCUGGACCCAUUUGUCCAUUGUGAUAGUAUUAUUUUAUCCUGUCUUGGCACAUUAAAUAAUCAUUUACUUGA